AUGGCCGGACGCGUUAUUCCCUUCUGAAUCCUUGCCCUUUCCACAGGAGAGUACAGAAAGAGAACAACAUCCAAACCAACACAUCCCAUUAUAUUUUUAUAUUUCGGAAUUGUUUUGGUUUGCAUGUGUUUCUUCCCCUGAUUCUACCUAUACUCGGUCUUUGGAAUGAGCUGUUUUUCUGCCAGCGUUGUUUCCAUUUCAGUAUGGGAACUGCCGUGUCCAAAAGGAAGAAUCUAAGAAACGAUGCGAUAUCUUCCGUGGCGGCAAAAGUUAGAGCAGCCAGAGCGUUUGGAGAGUACCUGUCCCACACUCACCCGGAGAACCGCAACGGAUCAGAUCACCUGCUGUCCGACAGCUACAUCGUGCAGGACUCCGACUCGCCGGAUAACGGGCCGACCAAAACCUGCCCGUCCAGCCCCGCCCUCACGCCGCCAGCCGGCGAAUCAGGCCUGAGCCUCACGCCGCAGGCCACGCCCUCCUCCUCCUCGGCGCGCCGGCGGUCCCUGGAGUGCGGCUUCCCCCGGCAGCGGGCGCAGCAGCGGGGCGGGGUCUACACCAUCACCGGGGAGCGGGGCAUGCUGGGAGGCCGGGGGAGCAAGGAGAGCCUGGAGCUGGAGGUGCUGAAGGCCGGGCGCGACCCCAGGGCGCCCUCCUCCUCCUCGGCCUCCUCUUCCUCCUCCCCGCUGCAGCACCACAAGCCCAAGGGCGAGGGGGGGGGCGCCGCCCAUCACCACGGCAACCAUCACCACAGCAGCCAGCAGCACGUUCACAGGCAUCACCACCACCACGGCCACCAGCCCUCGCAGCCGCUGCAGAGCUCCGUCAGCGCGCACAACCUCCGGGGCUGGGGCGAGGCCGACGGCCGGGAUGGGGGCGCGCGGGACCCCUGCGGUCUGGGCUGUGAGGCCUGCACUGAGGGGGGCGCCCCCUCACACAGCCAGCGCUCCCUGGACCUGGAGAACAGCUCCAGAGACCCAGGCAAGCAGCCCCGGGCCGUAGAGCCAGUCUGCCGCGCGUCUCAGGCGAACCUGCAUGACAACAGCUGGUUCCCCAAGGAGAACAUGUUCAGCUUUCAGACCGCCACCACCACCAUGCAGGCGAUUUCGGCUUUCCGGGGCAAUGCAGAGAGAAAAAGGAGAAAGAGAGAGGGAGAGUCUGCAGCCAUGAUCCAGAGAAACUUCCGGAAGCACCUGAGAAUGGUGGGCAGUCGCAGGAUCAAAGCGCAGACGUUUGCAGAGCGCAGAGGGAAGAGUUUCAGCCGCUCAUGGAGUGACCCUACCCCCGUCAAGCCUGACUCUCCACAUGACUGCAGAGACAGCGGGGACCUGCAGGCGUCCUGUGGCACUCUGGAUGAGGCGGUCUGUGAUGACACUUUGGACUGGGAGGAGGAGAAAGAGCUGGAGAGAGCGGCCAGCGAGGGGGACGACUUCAUCCCCCCUAAAAUCAUGCUCAUCUCCUCCAAGGUCCCGAAGGCAGAGUACAUUCCCAACAUCAUCCGCAGAGACGACCCCUCCAUCAUCCCAAUAUUAUAUGACCACGAACACGCCACCUUUGAUGACAUCCUCGAGGAGAUUGAUAAGAAGCUCACUGCCUACAGGAGAGGCUGCAAGAUCUGGAAAAUGCUCAUUUUCUGUCAGGGUGGACCUGGUCACCUGUAUCUGCUGAAGAAUAAGGUGGCCACUUUUGCCAAGGUGGAGAAGGAAGAAGACAUGAGCCAGUUUUGGAGGAGACUCAGCAGGUUCAUGAGUAAAGUGAAUCCAGAACCCAACCUCAUCCACAUUAUGGGCUGCUAUGUCCUGGGAAAUCCUAAUGGAGAGAAGCUGUUCCAGAAGCUGAAGAAUCUGAUGAGACCGUCGUCCGUCACAUUCGAGUCCCCACUGGAGCUGUCUGCGCAGGGUAAAGAGAUGAUAGAGAUGUACUUCGACUUUCGGCUCUUCCGCCUGUGGAAGACUCGCCAGCAUUCCAAACUCUUCGAUUUCGACGACCUGGUGUGA